CUUUGGUAUCUUUUCCCUUACAUUUGAGUUUUUAUCUUUCACUCACGCCUCAGCCAUGGAAAAUGAAGCGCAAGACUCUACCUCAUCAAACCAGUCUAAUUCCGAAAGAAAUGAGCCGGUGAGAUCGAGGUGGAACCCAAAGCCGGAACAAAUCCUAAUACUUGAGUCAAUCUUCAAUAGUGGAAUGGUAAAUCCACCCAAAGAUGAGACAGUGAGAAUUAGAAAAAUCCUGGAGCAAUUUGGCGCUGUUGGAGAUGCAAAUGUCUUCUAUUGGUUCCAAAACCGCCGCUCAAGGUCUCGCCGUCGUCAAAGACAAAUUCAGGCGAGUCUUAAUGCUACCAGCGACAAUAGUAGAAGUGGAGGAGAACAAGCUGCAAAGUGUAGUAGUGGCGGUGCAAUUCAAUUUGAUACUAGUACUGGAAAUUUUGGCCCCUCAGCCAUUUCUUUCCCUAUGGCUGCACCUUCCAAUUAUCUUGUUCUUGGUUCUUCUUCCCCUUCUUCUUCUUCUUGUGGAGGAGAUAUGGAAAAUGCAAAUGAUGGUACUAACGGCCUCUUCCCUUUUUCUGGUCAAAUGGGUCUUCCGAAAAUCGAGCAAAACUCUUCUGUCAGCUCAAUUUUGUGCUCACCAGCAGACAAUGCUAACUUGCACUACCAAACUGGUGCUGAAGUAGUAUAUGUUUCAGGGUUUAUCACAGUUUUUAUUAAUGGAGUAGCGACAGAGGUGCCAAGGGGACCACUUGACAUGAAAUCUAUGUUCGGCCAAGAAGACUUGGCCUUGUAUCAUUCCUCUGGAGUGCCAGUGCCAGUUAAUGAAUAUGGCUUUGUAGUUCAGAGUUUGCAGCAUGGUGAAAGCUACUUC